CCGUCGCACAUGCGCUCUGCGGCCAUCACAGUAUGAAGAAGAGUGCAGUGCACAAGUAGCGCGAGAGAUGAAGACUCCCCCGGACAGGUCAGGGAUCACCUUUGAGGUUGGAGCUCAGCUAGAAGCCCGAGACCGCCACAAGAACUGGUACGCAGCCACGAUCGAGAAAAUCGACUACGACAAAGAGCGGAUCCAGGUCCACUACCGUCAGUGGAGCCGGCGACAUAACGAAUGGUUUCACUGGGGCUCACCGUACCUGCGGCCGCUGGAGCGAGUCAGCCUGAGGAGGCAGGGUCUGAAUCCACCAUGUUCACAGCCGAUGUUUGUUUCAGGUACAAAGGUUCUGGCCUGUUGGACAGACUGUCGUUUCUACCCGGCCAAAAUCCUCAGAGUCAACAAGGACGGUGAGCUCAAACAGAAGCUGAAGGACCAGGGGCUGGGUGACAACAUCAAACUGAGCUGGAGGAAGCAGCCAGAUGGAAAAGUCUUCCACAAGGAGAAGAAGAAGAAGAAGAAGAAGACCAAAAAAGAUGAGCUUUAA